CUUCUACCUUUUCUCGGGUGGAUUCAUCUCCCACUAUGACCUCUUUGGGGACUGGGGAGAAGAUAAUAGAAUUCUUAGGUUCCAUGUGUUUCUUCUACUGCAUUAUGCAUCUGUUGUUAAAUAUUCCAUGCUUUCAGAUGAGAUAUAGAAGGUGGAGGCAAAGAGGGGUGAGUUCCUGUAGGGUGAGACAGGGCAGUGACCCAAACCAUUGCCAUUACUCUGCUAUACCAAUUAAUAGAUUAUGAAUUUCCCGAUUUACAUGCUCUCUUUGCCUGCAAGUUCAUAUGGUUUGAACUUUGAAGGUGCCAGUGUUCUCCACUGGGCCACUGGUAAAGUUCUUGGAAGCUAUACUCUAAGAACUGGAUCAUCACCUCUCUUUCAGCUCCAACACUUUUUAACACUAGACAACUGAACCUCAGACAUUAUAGGGAAAAGAAAAAAAAUUAUGGUUCCUGGCUUUGACAGUGUCCAUUGUAGUACUUUAUGGCCGUUUUCAGGACAUUAGAUAUGGAACACCAGAUUAAAAGCUGUUACUCAUCUUUUUGGACUUCUCUCAGCUUGUAAGGGAGAGAAAAAGAAAAGGAAUGAUUUUAUUUUUCUGGAAAUGGGAAUUUUUGAAUAUUUCCCAUUAUCUUUGAAGUAGAGUACUUCAAAGUACUAUUAAGCCUGUAAGUGCAGUGGUGCCACUGCUUUGUUGAUGUGGAGGGUGGAUUUUUGAGCUUGCUAGUUGUCUUCUGCUUGUGAGGCUGCCGUCCCUGGGACUGACUGUCAGAAAGUUUUAGAAAAUUCUCUAUUUUAAUAGAAGCAGCCUAUAAAUUGAGUAUAAAAUAUUAUGUGGUUCAGAUCACUGUGAACCAAAUCUGACUUUAGAACCUCAUAAGAUAUGAAAUAGGCACCAUUGUUCAGAUUUUGUUGGCUGCUUUUGCUUGCAGAUUUAGUUGACGCCAAAAGGCUGAAAAUCCUUGUUGCCAUGUUGGGUUGCAGGAUCACUUUGGCCAUGCUUUGUUUCUUCUAGUUGCAUGUUAUGUUCCAUCUUAUCGUGUGGUUGUGUUCUUGCAUGUUCAUUGUUGCAGUUGAAGAUAGCAAACAUGAAUGAUUGAUGAUGGGGCGAAGUAUCCUGAUUGAUUUGGCUGUGUCCAAUCAGUUUAUCCCUCUUCUGCUUUGAGUUACUCCAAUGGACUACAUCAACAUGAUGAGUUGGCCAGACCUAAGUUCAUGUGCCAGAAUCAUGAACUUGGAACUUCCGAUGACAACACCAGGAGGUUGUAACUAUGAAAUAGAGGGAGUGCAGAGCAAGGAAAGAUGGGCUUACGUGAAGGUAAACAUGGAGGGGGUGGUCGUUGGCAGGAAGGUUUGCAUGCUUGACCAUUGCAGUUACUCUAGUCUUGCACUUCAAUUGGAAGACAUGUUUGGUGGCCACUGUGUAUCAGGAUUGCAAUUGUUCAAGGCCGCGUCUGAAUUUUUGGUUUUGUAUAAGGACAUAAACGAGAAUUGGAGGACUGUAGGUGAUGUUACCUGGAAGGAAUUUGUGAACUGCGUGAGGAGGCUAAGGAUUGCACGAAAGGAUGAAGCCAUUUUCCCCUUCUCAGCUUCUUUACUUUCCUAACUAUAUGUUCUUAGCUUUUCUCUCCAUGAAGAAGCCAAGAAGUGCAGGAAUAGGAAGAAGCUCAAGUAAAUUUAUGUUAAGAUGCAUUUAUAUUUGCAUAACCCUAGUUUUCAACGUUGAAACAGGAAUCAAACUUAAA